UCGCCAAUUAGUAAGAUUACGUACAGCAGAGUAGUUAAUUAACCAAUAUGAUGAUGAAGAAGGUAGUGAUAACAAUGGUGGUUCUGGCGGCGGUGGUGGCGGCGGCGGCGGCGCAGACACCGCCGGUGUCAUGCGACCCUCAGGCGCUGUCGUCGUGUGCGUCGGCGAUAAUUGGAUUUCCGCCGUCGAGAACGUGCUGCGAUGGGCUGAGGCUGCGUCAGCACUGUUUCUGUGAGUAUCUGAAUGACCCGGACCUCCAACAGUACUUCACUCCGGAGGUGGCGCAGCGUCUCGCCGCCGCCUGCCGCGUAACCGUCCCCACCAACUGCUGAUCAGAUCAGAUCGACGGACACGAUCGAAUUGAUCAACAUAUGCAUCGAAUAACAGUGGACUGCCACGUGUCGUUAAUAAAUUAGUUUUAUUCGUGUAAUAAACUAAAGUCGUUGUUUGAAUAAAGGUAGCUGCUAAUUACCUGUUAGCAUGCAUGUGUAUGUGUGUGUAUUGUUGUGGCCUAACUAAUUAAUUAUUAUGAAAUGAAUUUAUAUAUAUAUAUAUAUAA